AUGCCCUCCCAGCAGGUCGAGUCCCGAUCGACCCUUCUCGACGGCAACCAUACUUUCCCUCCCUUCUACGCUUGCUAUUUACUGCGCUCCAUGGCCAGUCCAAGCUCGAAUAGGACCUAUAUAGGUUCAACCCCGGAUCCCCCUCGUCGGCUCCGGCAGCAUAACGGGGAGCUUACUCAAGGGGCGUUCAAGACAUCGCGGUUCAGACCCUGGCGUUGGUCGUUUACUCACUACGCAGGAGAUGCAAAUGAUCGUGUAUGGUUUUCCGAGUAAGCUCACGGCCUUGCAGUUCGAGUGGGCAUGGCAGAAACCCGAGCUUUCUCGUCACCUUCGAGCGCACGACGCAGUAACAGAUGCUGAUCUUGGACCAUUGUUCAAGAAGGAUGGGAAAAGGAAUCAUCCCACACAGAAAAUUCUCGUCGCGCACAGCUUGCUGAAUGCGUCACCCUUCUGCCGACUCCCGCUCCAUAUCCGCUUCUUCAAUAAAGACAGUUUGGUUACUUAUCUCGCACUCCGUAGUGCCGAGCCGUCCUCUUCUGCGAGUGACGUCUCAGUCAUUCUUGAUUUGGGAGGCGUGUCGGGAUCCACAAACAAACGGCACCACGACACCCCUGGUGUGACGAGCCUAGGUGGACCGAUCGAUGUCACCGAUGACCAUUUUCGUUUAGGUUCGCGAGUAUGGCAAAAGUGGCAAAAGAUAGGUAUCGGUAUCUCAUCAGGUUGGUCCUGCGGUCUCUGUGGUAUACUACUCCAAUCCACUUCACAUUUGGCAUUCGCGUUGUGCUCAGCGUCGGGUGACGAUUCCUGUACCUUCGUGUCCCACCUUCACUGUCUUGCGUCUCAUUUUCUGGAGAAAAGCUCUGAGCCUCGAGAUCUGGGAUUCCUGUUACCUGUGAAAGGUCGCUGUCCCAAAUGCAGUGCUGACACAGACUGGGGAGAAGUGAUUCGUUCAUGCUUUGCUCGCCAAGAAGGCCAGUGGCGUGAGCGGAAAAUCAAAUAUAAUACGAACGCCGCAUUGGAUUCCGCUCCAGGAAAGAAAAGAGAUCGUAAAG